GCAGCAAAGGGCGCGCUCUGUGCUCGCAGGGUGUGCUUCACGCUGAACCUGCGGCCCGAGGCGCGCGGCGAAGGGGUGAUCUCGCUGCGGUCGGCGGGCGACAUCUCCCUGCCCCGAGACGGCGUGGGCGGCGUGGGCGUGGGCGGGGCGCGCGGCGCGCGGCGGGGCCUGCUGCUGCCGCCCGCGGGCGCCUUCCCCGGCGCCAUCAUCCCGCUGGGGCGCGGCGACCGCGAGAGCGGAGACUACGCCAGCUCCGACGUGCAGAGCGUCGGGUCGCGCCUGUCCACCAUGUCGAUCGAGACGAGCCGCUCCGAGCAGCCCGAGGCGGCGCCGCUCUCCUCGCCCUCCUACCUGCCGGCGGCGGCGGGCGGCGGCUUCCGGCGACUCCAGCGGCGGCGCGACAGCGGCGGCGCGUCCCCCGGCCACAGCUCCGGCGACGACGGCGACCCACGCACCGUGCACCCGCACGUCACAGUGCACGCGGUGAGUAGGCGCGCGGGCCACGCGCAUCCGGCGCUUACCAAGGUGUGGUUCACA